AUGGCAGCCAAUGAAGGUGCAUACGCCGUCGUGGGGGCAUCUGAAGCGGUCCCUGCUGCCACGCAGCAUGAUCAGCAGCAGCACUGGGGUCUAGGCGCCGGUGGAGAUGAGAAAGCCGUCAUCGGCAGCGGCACUAGCAGCAGCAGCUCACAGGGGGGUAUUGCUGAGGACCUCUCCAGCGGGAUUCUUCCUUGCAGGAAGCGUAAGGCUGCGGAGGAGCUACCGCAGCUCGACGAGGCCACAGCCGAGCGGCUGAAGAGAGCUACUGACUCUUUGACCAAGGAGCAACUAAAAAUGCUGCUGGCCAGGGCCUGCUCUCACUAUCCGGCUGUUGAGAAUGCGCUGUACGCUAUGAUUGAAGCCGAUCCGAGCAGCAGGCGGCUAAUGGUGCGCAACGUGCCCUACACCACCACCGAGGCCGCUCUGAGGCAAACUCUGGAGGCACAUGGAGCCAUAGAGGACUUCAAGCUCGUCAUCGAUAGGAACACAGGGAUGAAUAAGGGUUUUGCCUUUGUUACAUACAAGUUGAUGGAAGACGUCGCACGCGUGCUUCAGUCUGAGGUGACAGUCGACUCGAGACCCCUCAGUAUCAAGCUGGCCUCUCAGCAAGACCAAGGGGCAGCCAUGAAGCGUGCCUUCUUGGGUCCGACCCAGGGGUGCCGGCUUUUCGUGCGAAACGUCCCUGACACCUGCGACGAGCGGCGGCUGAAACAGGAAUUUGAGGGUUUCGGGACAGUGCGAGAGGCGGCUAUCAUCAGAAACAGAGAUGGGUCAUCUAAGGGUUACGGAUUUGUGGUUUUCGAAGACCCUGAGGCCCUUAUGAAGGCGGCCAAUCAAGCACAGCGGGUCAUUGAUGGCCAAGUAACAUUCGUUUCUGUCGCCUCAGAAUCGAGGAAGCAACAGCAACAUGGGGCAGGCAUCCUCCCGCCGCAGCAUUUGCAACAGAUGCCCUUGGGGGGAACCGCCCAGUACCAGCAGCAGCUACAGCAGCAUCUGUUGCAGCAGGCAGCUGUUCCACAGUGGCCAUUGGCCUCGUCAACAGCGGGGGUAGCAGGUCGCCCUGAGGUUGCGAGUCCCUACGGCACGCAAGCAGCACUAAACACCGCCGCAGCUGCAGCCGCUGCUGCGGCUGCUGCUCUGCCAUCUGCCACUGCUGCUGCAACGACACCCUAUAUGCAACAGCUUACCGCGGCGCUAAUGCCGCAGCUGUAUAUGCAUCACUAUCAGCAGCAGUACCUAGCAAGCACUCAAGCCAAUGCAGCAGCCGCUGGCGUGACGGGCGUGGCCCCAAACCCCACGGCUCAACAGCAGCACAAAUAUCCCAUGCAGCAGCAGUAG